AUGUCUAAACCUAUGACUGAGUCCGAAGCGAAAGAGAAGUUUAAUGAUGCAUUUAAAGAGCAUGUCAAAAAAUUCAACUCCAAAGAUGCAGAUCUCAAAAAGUUUGUUCAGAAACUUGAACUCAAUAAACUUGAAUAUUACGAGCCAUUGAAAGUAGAGGAUAUAAAGAAAUUUUAUGAAUUUGUUGGACCCGAUUUCGAGUGGCCUUCUACAAGUCGUAUCAGUGAGCGCCGUGCUAUAUAUGAUUACAUUAAUAAUCCUGAGUCUGGAAGCCUUGAUAAAUCUAAAGGAAGUUAUAUCCUUCUUAUAAAUGGAAAGUUAGUGGGUUAUGGACAUAAGUUAUCUGGAGAGGAAUAUCUUGAACUCGAAAAGAAAAAUCCUGGUAUGUUGUAUGCUCCUAUCAAACAAAUGACAGUUUUCAUCAGAUUCUCUUCGACCGCAAGUGUGACAUUGAAGGAAUGGCAGAUGCAUAUGCGAAUUCGAAGAAAAAGUGAUUCUAAUAAUGAAGUUGCAACAUUGGCCAAUGUUGAUCGGGACACGAAUAAUCGAAACUUUCGGCUUUUAAUUGAUUCAGGAUCAACAAUGACCAUUUUACCACACUUCAUAAGAGAGAGGAUGAAUAACGAUUAUGGUUGGAGUAAAUUCCCAAUCCGUUCCAGUGGUUAUGGGGAAAAUGUGGAAAUCUAUAAGGCUAACAUUCCGUGGGAAGUCUCAUUAGGUGAUGGAGUGAUCUGGACAGACUGGAUUGAGACCGAUGAGAUAUUUUCGUGGCAAAAGCUAGUUCCUAAUGAUAUUGAUUGCGGUCUGGUUGGUUUUGAUAUACUAAACAGCACCUACCAAACUAAAAUUCCAGGAAGACCAUACAUUUUCAUGACGGAAAACAACAGAUUUAAGUUUGAAAUUUGCAUGUUAAAUUGA